AUGUUUAGCCAACCUUCCAGCGGAUCUCCUUUUGGAUCCACCGCAGCUGGAACCACGAAUCCGCCACAAUCGGGCACGUCGCAGCCCGGGUUUUCAUUUGGAAACAACACAAACCGCGCGGCUAGCUUUCUGUUUGGUUCGCAGCCGGCUCAAAACUCGGGCUUUGGUCAAAAUAAUUCAACAAAUCAGCCGUCUCUUUUUGGCUCUAGCGCUGCUGGAGGAGCCAACCAGACCCAACCACAGUCUGCUGGCGGCUUGUUUGGUCAAAACAAUCAAAAUGCUCAAAAUAAACCAGCUUCUGGGGGUCUUUUUGGCCAGACCAAUAACCAAAAUAACACCGCUUCAGGUGGACUUCUCGGCCAAAACAACACUCAAUCGUCCGGAGGUCUCUUUGGCCAAAACAACAACAACACCCAAUCUUCUGGAGGUCUCUUUGGCCAAAACAACAACAACACUCAAACUUCUGGAGGACUUUUCGGUCUGAAUAACACCCAAAAUACUCAGAAAAAUCAAUCAGGUGGCCUUUUUGGACAGAAUAAUAACCAAAAUAACCAAAAUAAUCAGUCUGGUGGUCUUUUUGGAUCCAACACAACUAACUCCAAUACCAGUACCUUUGGCAAACCUGCCGGUACUUCUACACAGGGAGGUCUCUUUGGCGGACUGGGAACAACAUCCACAAACAACACUCUGGGCGCUUUAUUUGGUGGAUCUAACACGAAUACUCUGGGAGGUUUAUUUGGAAAUAAUUCUAAUAAUACCGCUACUUCGGGGCUUUUCAGUCAAGGAAACAACACGAACAAUUCCCUUUUCAACCAAAAUAAUAACAGCCUGCUUUUCGGCCAGAAUAAUCAAACACAAACCAACACCACCGGUCCUUCAAACAACUCGCAACCAUCAUUUGGAUGGAACAGCCAGAAACCUGCUGCUCCCGCCGUCAAAAGUAUUAUGCAAGUGUCUCGAAAUGAGCCAGCAAAGAACAACUACACCCCAGCUAUCAGCGAUCAAUUACUAAAAAUUAAAGAGCAAUGGGAUCCGCUGUCUCCCAAGUUAGCAUUAAAGACUCAUUUUUACAACAAAGUGAGCGAUAAUGAGAUUUCUGCUGUGCUCAAUCAGCCUCGUCCUCAGAACGAAACUCCCGAGGAUUGGGAUGCGGCCAUGUUGAAUCGUCCGUCUGCCUCGUAUUAUCCCGUCAAGGUGACAUCUUAUUCGGAUGUGGCUCAAAGAGUAGAAGUGCAACUCGAUCACGUUGCCAAAUCACGAGUUGUCUUGAACGAGAUUUUGCAAAAACAAUCGGCGCUUUCGUCCAAGCAUGACUUAGACAACACCACACGCAUACUAAGAGCCAAAACGAAGCACGCCAAACUCCUGCGGAGACUCUUGCGAUUGGCAACGAUUUUAGCGGUGCUCAAACUCAAAGGAUACCCACUUUUGCCUGAAGAAGAGGAACUUUCAAAGCAGUUUGAUUUGUUGAACGGAAUGAUUUCUGAUCCCAACUCACCUUUGGGCAGGCUCAACGAUAUCUUUGCUCGCGUCACCAUUCUCAAAGAACGAUCCGAGGAACUCAACCGUCAAUUCGACACCACUGUGAGGAGCAUGAGCAGCAAAGACGAAGACGAAGUGAACAAUGAAGAAAUCAUCAAGAAGGUGUCGCAAUUGUUGCUCAAGCAGCAAGUGGGCUUGAACCACUUGAACAAGGUCAUAGCGGAAGAUACAGAGAAAGUGGACAAGCUCAAGCAGUAA